AUGACUCACAGUAGGAUAUCUCAGAACCCUGGGGGAGCCAUGAAUCAGGAUAAUCAGAAUCCCCCGAUGGAUGGAGGAUUAGCUGAAACUAUACGUUUGCUGGCUGACAUGCUUAGACAACAGGAAGUGCACGUACCCAGACCCGAAGUCAGGGGUUGUAUGUGUGAGAAGUUCUUGAUCCAUCGUUAUCCAAAAUUUUCUGGUAGUGAAGAGCCACUGAAAGCCGAGAAAUGGAUUAUGGAUCUCGUAAGGACCUACGAGAUCUGUGGAUGUACUGAGGACCAGAAGGUUCUGUAUGCUGGAUACCUAUUCCAAGGAGAAGCUCGAAUAUGGUGGGAUAUGCGAAGGCAGCUUCUAGUCAGGGAACUAGGAAGUUUGGUUGCACUGUCUUGUGAGAGAUUUAAGGAAGAGUUCGACAACAUAUUAUUCCUAGAUUCUGUCAAACAGCUGAUGGCGCAAGAGUUCACGACUUUAACUCAAGGCAGUUUGACCAUAGAGCAGUACGCCACUGAGUUUAUGGCGUUAGGAAGGUUUGCACCACACUUGAUUUCUACUCAAUAG